AUGACGAUAACGGCGGCAGCGCCCCGAUGCUGCAAGGAUGAUGACACAGCAGAAUUCGGUGACUUUGUGCGCAAUGAAGAUGAGGAACUGGACCUCGAAGAGGUUGUCGAGCCCUGGCAUAAGUACGAUAUAAAAGAAACCUCACAUGUCUUUUAUCCCAUUUGUCUUGGAGAACUUCUCAAUGGGAGAUACUUGGUAGAGAAUAAAAUGGGCUCGGGCGGUGGCUCCACGGUCUGGAUGGCCCACGACCUUCAAGAUAAGAGAGAUGUAGCUCUCAAAGUCAUGGCUACCGGAGAGUGGACAGACAAUGAAUUCCACAUGCAGAACGAAAUCAUUCAGAAUGUGCAGGAUACCUCUCACCUUGUGACAUAUUUGGACACCUUUCUCCUGCCUGGAAACGGGUGUCAUCAUAGGGCCCUAGUGUUUCCACUAAUGGGUCCAUGCCUUAACUCUCACAUCCUCAGAAACAUGCCCAUGGCUACUCGUAUGUACGCUGCCCGGCAAUUGUUAGAGGCCGUGGAAAGUUUACACAAAGCUGGAAUUGUACACCGUGAUUUGAAUGAGAGGAACUGUAUGUGGGGGAUGGCUCCACUCCACAAUCUCACCAGAAGUGCUAAGUACGAGGUACUCGGUCGACCAUUAAGACAAAUCAUACCACAUGUCGAUCUCUGGAAGCAGGGAGAACUUGUUCGUCCUGUUGAGGUCCCUGACAAUUUACGCACAGAGGAAUUCUAUCUCAGUGACUUUGGUCUGGCCAUGAAACUUGGCGACCCCACGAUUCCACGCGGCUAUCCGCCUGUGCAGUUUUGUUCCCCAGAGAGACUUCACAAGAAAGAUCCAAGCUUUGCCUGCGAUAUGUGGAGCUACAUGGUCAUCUUCGGAGUACUUUACCUUCGUUUUCCGCCUUUUCGUAGCUGGAACUAUCUUAUCAGGUGUUUAGGUCCAUUCCCUGAGCAGUGGAUGGGCCUUUACACUCAUCCCGGAGGCCUUGACUCUUGGUAUGAUCAGAGUCAACCGCCAGAUCCAGAGUUUAGUCUCGCAUCAACAAUUGCACGUUACCGCCCCGACGCUGAUCCCGCUGAGCGGGAACAUGUACACUCCCUUAUGUCCAGAGUAUUUACUUACUGCCCAGAGAAACGUCCUACCGCAACACAACUUCUGCAGGACCCUUCAUUCAGGGCUAUCAUGGACACAUAUGGUUGUUAA